CUUAUUCUUCUAUAAAUAUCUUCCCAAGCAUUCUCAAACUCCACACACACUAGAUAGAAAAAACAAAUUCCAAAAUAGAUAUUUAAUUCCUUAGUUAGAUAUGAUGAAAAAUACCUUUCUCUUUAUCUCUUUCUUAAUAUUGAAUUUAGGAUUCUUAGAAGCUCAAAAAGUUCCUGCUGUUUAUGUGUUUGGAGAUUCACUUGUUGAUGUUGGAAACAACAAUUACUUGACUCUUUCUUUUGUAAAGGCAGUUCUCCCUCACUAUGGCAUUGAUUUUCCAACUAAGUUACCAACUGGAAGGUUUAGCAAUGGAAAAAAUGCUGCUGAUUUGAUUGCUGAAAAAUUAGGCCUUGCCACUUCACCACCAUACUUAUCCCUAGUAUCAAAGUUCAACAACAAAAAUGUAUCAUUCUUGAAUGGUGUUAACUUUGCUUCUGGAGGUGCUGGAAUUUUUAAUGGCAAUGAUGAAAAUUUUAAGCAAUCAAUACCUUUGACAAAGCAAGUGGAAUACUAUUCACAAGUGUAUGAACAAUUGACACAACAAGUAGAAGCAUCUACACUUAACAAACACCUUUCAAAAUCUAUCUUCAUUGUUGUAAUCGGAAGCAAUGAUAUCUUUGGAUAUUAUAAUUCAAUAGAUCUUCGAAAGAAAAACACUCCUCAACAAUAUGCGAAUUCCAUGGCUUCCUCGCUAAAAAUUCAACUUCAGGGAUUAUACAACAAUGGUGCAAGGAAAUUUGAGAUUAUUGGUCUUAGUCCAAUUGGGUGUUGCCCAAUAAGUAGACUCAAGAACAAAACAGAAUGUUUUUCAGAAGCUAAUUUAAUGUCAACUAAAUAUAAUGAAUUCCUUCAAAUUAUGUUGAAGGAAUUGAAAAUGAAGAACAAGAAUUUAAGUUACUCAUACUUUGAUACUUAUGCUGCCAUCCAAGACCUCACUCAAAAUCCAACUUCUUAUGGAAUUGUAGAUGUGAAAGGUGCUUGUUGUGGACUUGGUGAGCUUAAUGCUAACUUUCUAUGCACACCAAUUUCAAUCGUUUGUACAAAUAGACAAGAUCAUAUAUUUUGGGAUCAAGUUCAUCCAACUGAGGCAGCCACUAGAAUCAUUGUGGAUAAACUUUAUAAUGGACUUCCAAAAUAUACAUAUCCUAUCAAUAUGGAAAAACUAAUAGCUCUUUAAAAUUGGGAAAUUAACUACUCCCUACAAUUUUAA